AAUGAAAGGGUGGGGUGAUCUGGAGAGCGAUCAGAGACAGUGUUUGAUACCUUCAGAGUGUGAGGAACAGAAGAGGAAGAGCACAGACUCCAGAUCCAUUCAUAUUCACCUGGUCAGUGGUCUGGGGGGUAGAGAUGGUGAUGGAGGAGAUCGUGGUCUCCCUCUCAGGAGGAGCUCCAUGGGGGUUCAGGCUGCAAGGAGGAGCAGAACAGCAAAAGUCCCUACAGGUAGCAAAGGUCCGCAAACGCAGCAAAGCAUGCCGAGCUGGACUGCAGGAGCAUGAUGAAUUGAUUGCCAUUGGUGACCAGAUGUGUGCAGACCUCACACAUGCUGAGGCUAUGAGCCUAGUUGAUAAAGAGACUUCCACUCUAAGCCUAAAAAUUAGAAGGAGCGUCUCUGGAUUUCCUUCUUCCUCUUGUGUUGCCCGUUCUACCUCUCCUGUAUCAUCCAUGAGGGUUUUGUCUCCUUCUGCGACCCUUCUGAACAACAGUUCCUUGUUUCUCUCUCCUACUGAGUUAUCCAGGGGUGUUAUAUCCCCUCCAGACAGUGAGGCUUACUACGGUGAAACAGACAGCGAUGCAGACACAAAUUCACAGAUGCACCCUCGACGCCAACGGCGAGCAUCCCCUCAUGCUCGCUCACCUUUGCGUUAUGAUAACCAAGAAGAGGAGACAUCAGAGAUGAGUGGGUAUGAAAGUGCGACGGACACAGGAGCUACCACGCAAUGUUAUGUCCAAGGUCUCAGCAGUGUUCCUCGGAGAGAGUGUAUCUUACUGCCCCCCUCUGCUCACACCAAGGGUCACUCCCCAACCCCUGAUCAGGGCCCAACGGAUGCAGAGGGAGAGGUUGACAGCGGUUUCCAGGAGACAGGGGGCUGCUCUACACCAGCCUGCCCACCUUUGGUUUCCCCAGAACGGGCCAAAGAAGCCUUAAAGUUGGGCUCCAGUCAUCUGGUUCCUAUGGUGGGACCACAGCUCACCCCUGUAAAUGAUGAUCUCUCCACCACAUAUAUGGACAAAGCAAGACAAGCUAAGUUGCAGCGUGGGGAGAGUGUGGUAGAGAAACAGGUAAAAGAAGCCCGCACUAAAUGCCGCUCUAUUGCAUCUUUGCUGACUGAUGCUCCAAACCCCAAUUCGAAAGGGGUGCUUAUGUUCAAGAAACGCCGACAGAGAGCUAAGAAGUACACACUGACCUGCUUUGGGAAAGCCGAGAGAGACAGAGGAGAUACAGAGGGAGAGACAGGGGGGGAAACAGAAGAGGAAGGAGGAGGAGGCUCUAUUUUAAGUGGCUCAGAGGUUGAGGAAGAAGGAUUGUCUUCCUCUUUUGACUCCACCUGGGAUUCGGGUUAUCUUGAUCUGCUGGACAGGAGAAGCUCUGCCUGCCCAUCAACAACACCAACAACUCCCACAACACCAACCACCAAUCACAGCGCAGAGGUGGAGCACUCAGAUUAUCUAACACCAGGACGUUUGAAUUCUGGAAAUCAAAGCACAGAAAAGAACAUCUGGUGUUUGGAGAACUCACCCAGUGAUAAUUUCAUAAAACAGCCCAUUAGUAACCAGAUGUCUCCUCCAGCGGUGGCUCUAUCUAAUGGGGGUUCAGGUGCCGUAAGUCGGGCAAAUGUUAUUCUGAGUCCACCCUCUGAAGCACCUGUGCAAAAUCAAAAUGGGCUCCAUAAUAAUCCUACUAUUACUGCCAAUUCUAAUUUUGGUCCAAGCCCCAGCCCAGACUCAAUAAGUAACUCUGGUUUUAAUCCUAAUCCCAGCAUUCUGAACCGCACAGCACGGCCCUUCGUCCCUGGCUCAACUCCAUCUCGUGGGUCUGUGACUUCUGUGAUGUUUCGGCCUCCCCAACCCAAACCGACGCCGCUAACUAUGGCGCCCAAACCUGUUUCAGCAGUUUCUAUGAUGACUAUCCAGCCUUCAACACAACCAUCACCAGGGCCCGAUGCAAGGAGAGCAGUGUCCAGCACCUCUCUAUACAUCGCUCCACGAAAUAACAACAGUAACAAUGUCCCCACCUUUUACUCUCCACCUUCAGCUCUUUCACUGCCUUUGUCUCAGCCUCCUCCAACAUUUUCUUCUCUCCCAGCGAGCCAUGCUUCUUCAACUCCACUCUCACCAUCAACUGCAAAGGCCUUCUCCCCUCCUCCUUACCUUCCCACCCCUCCUCCUACUUAUCCACCUCCCAUCACCUUUACUUCAACUCCAUACAAUUCCUCUCCUAAUCCAUCUUCUGAUUUAACUAAAGAAUCAUUCCCUCCACCUCCAGUUACUCAGCCAUCUCCAUCUGUCCAUUCGUACAACAACAUGACUGAAACAGCCUCUCCUACAUCGCCCCCCCAGGCUCCUGCCAAUGACUCAAUGGCCACACGUGAACAGCGUAUCUCAGUACCAGCUGCUCGCACCGGCAUCUUGCAUGAUGCUCGCCGUCGUAGCAACAAGAAGCCAAUGUUCAGUGCCUUACAGAGCAAAGAUGUUUCUCCCAACCCUGACCUGCUGUCCAUGGUGCAGAACAUGGAUGACCGCAGUGUAAGGACCCCAUGUAUUGAGUCUGUAGUAGUCCCAGGUGGAGAGGCUGGUCAUGAGUCAGGACCUGAGGAGGACUGGCUGAGACUUGGAGCGGAGGCCUGUAACUUCAUGCAGGCACAGCGAGGACCAAAGCCGCCUGCUGUAGCUCCUAAACCACAGACCCCUCAAGUUCUGCAGCUCGCCGGAAAAGGGGGGCAGCUUUUUGCUCGUAGACAGAACAGGAUGGAUCGAUAUGUUGUAGAGCGCUCUCCAUCGGUGGCUGCUGCACCUUACUCUCCAGCUCAAACCAGGGAGCCCUCACCUACACCUUCCCUUCCUGCUACAUGGAAGUACUCACCUAACAUUCGUGCUCCACCUCCGAUCAACUACAACCCCCUACUUUCUCCUUCCUGCCCUCUUAAGGCCCAAAAGAAACCCGAGGUAGCAAAGUCUGGGACAAAUAAAUCCAGGGUGCAAAAAGCAGGCAUAAAACCUGUUGACAUAAUGAGCCACCAGCCCUACCAGCUGAACUCCUCCCUGUUCAGCUAUGGAGGUGGGGUUCCCCAGGAUCCUUCCAAUACUAAUCAACAGAGAGGUGGUCCUCAGAAGACAGCACGUGUCUAUGAGGUAAAGCGGUUCUCUACGCCUCCUCCAACAUCCACGGGACCCACCCCUAAAGUUAUUGUACCUCGAUCAGCCACAACACUUGGAGAACCACUGAGGUACUCCGACGAGUUUAGCACAUCCACUACUGGACCAGUGCCCUUUGAUAAUCACCACAGUCCACCCCAGCCCAUCCAACCCCAGUGGGCCUCUUCACCUCUGUCAUCCUCAAUGCCUCCUGCCCCCACUGCCCCACUUCCUCAGCUUCCAACCUUCACCUCCCAUCCGGUUUCAAGUCCUGUCCAACCUCCAAGUUUUUCUCUUCAGCCCUCGGCCAGCCAGCAGUCCAACAGGAGUUUCAAGAGUGCCCCAGAUCUAAGUCCUCUGGGAUCCAACCAGUCACCCAGUGGCUCUCAACCUCCCAGGGUCCCCAGGCCUCGGUUUAGUACUUCAAACUUGGGUCUACAACCUUGUAUAUGGCGUCCAGGAUCCACCACACACUAAGUAGAUCUUCAUCUGGACAUGAAGAAUUAAAAACUGUGAGGAAAUGAAGAAAAUUUGUUAAAUCUUUGCGAAUUACCUACUAUUUAUACCUAAAACAUUUUUUAAUUACAUAAUCAAAGCAUUAACCAAAGUAUAUUACUUAAAUUCACGUAAUUACAUCUGAUUACUCACCCAGCUAUUACCUGAUCCAUCUGGUGAAACAAGUGAAAGAAAUGCUCAGUGAUCAAAUUCAUUCAUGGUUAAGUUGUUAGAAAAUCUGAAGGUUUUGUAAAUUUCAUGCAGAGCGAUUUGAGUUUAAUGAUUAAAACAAGUGGACUAGAGGAUGUGUACAGUUGGGUCGAUUUAGGAGAGAGGUAGCAGAGAUUGGGAGAAGAUGUAUAGAAAGCAAUUAGAGCAGCCGGAUUUAAUUGAAACUUGUUUCAAAGAUGUGGUCUGGACUCACACCUUCACAAUCCACAACAUCCUAUACCUGCUAAUAUCACAUGACAGCACUUUUAGAUUAGUACUCUUAUGAUCAUAUAGAAUUGUAGUUUUAUGUACUUAAGUGUGAUUCUUGAUCUUUGUGUGCCUUUUCCUGCAUGUUGACAUGUAACAUGAAAUACAGUAUAUAAGUACAACAUGUCUGUUUAGCUGUGAUUCUUUUUCACAGAAACAUGGAGUUGAAUAAAAAUAGACGUGAGUCA